UCCUACACCACAGCAGCGCAUCCAAGAGGGAGGCGCACGCGGACCCACUGGCAGAGGUUUUGCAACUGGGUGUGUAAAGCCUCUUGCGGAGGGUUGAGUGGCAUCCUCCUGUUUGGGCAUGGCGCUGUGCAGGGAGCCGUGAACACUCCUAGGUGUUCCAGAGACAGGCAGAAGGCUGGGGAGCCGGUGCCAGAGAUGGAUCCAGCCAGGCAGUGAAGCCAGCCGGAGGGUCGCCGGACCAGGACCCUGCUCAUGGAUUUGGAGGACCUUCUGCACCUGAUCCUGAGUCAGAGGCCCCUUUCCAACCUUUGAGACUGCCACCUGGUAGAGUUGAACAGGCCCGGGCAGUGGCUGUCUGAACCACCCGUGGGUGCCCGGGCCAACCCAGUAGAGACGGCCACAUUCCAGGCUCUGGGCUGGCAGGGAAGCUGACAGUGAGUUCCCACAGGGAUUGGCAGGCCAGGCUGAGGCAAGCAGGCUCUGAACGGUGGUCCCUCCUCUCUGUGGGAGGCCGGAGGCUGAGGCAAUGGAAGAGCAGGUGUUCAAGGGGGACCCAGACACCCCUCAUUCCAUCUCCUUCUCGGGCAGUGGAUUCCUCUCCUACUACCAGGCUGGGGUUGUGGAUGCCCUUCGGGAUCUGGCGCCUCGGAUGCUGGACACAGCCCAUCGCUUCGCAGGAACGUCGGCGGGUGCUGUGAUAGCAGCCCUGGUCAUCUGCGGGAUCGAGAUGGAAGUGUACCUCAGGUUCCUCAACAAGGGUCUGGCCGAGGUGAAGAGGUUCUUCCUGGGGCCUCUGUCCCCAUCCUGCAAGAUGGUGCAGAUGAUGCGGCAGUUCCUGUACCAGGUCCUGCCCGAGGACUCCUACAAGUUCGCCUCCGGGAAGCUCCACGUGGGCCUCACCCGCUUCACGGACGGGGAGAGUGUGGUGGUCUCCGAGUACACGUCCAAGGAGGAGCUCAUCGAGGCCCUGUACUGCAGCUGCUUCGUCCCCGUGUACUGCGGCUUCAUCCCCCCGACCUACCGCGGCGUGAGGUACAUCGACGGGGGCUUCACGGGCAUGCAGCCCUGCUCCUUCUGGACCGACUCCAUCACCAUCUCCACCUUCAGCGGGCAGCAGGACAUCUGUCCCCGGGACUGCCCGGCCAUCUUCCACGACUUCCGCAUGUUCAACUGCUCCUUCCAGUUCUCCCUGGAGAACAUCACCCGCAUGACCCACGCGCUCUUCCCCCCGGACCUGGUGAUCCUGCAGGAUUACUACUACCGAGGCUACGAGGACACAGUGAUGUAUUUGAGGAGGCUGAAUGCUGCCUACCUGGAUUCCCCGUCCAGGACAGUGUUGUUCCCCCGCGUGGAAGUGUACUGCCAGAUAGAACUCGCCCUUGGCAAUGAGUGCCCUGAGCGCAGCCAGCCGAGCCCCCCAACCCGGCGGGAGGAACCCUCAGAGCUUCGUCCCCAGGGGGCCGGCAGGGAUGGCCACCCGCCUGCACCCCAACCCGUGAAGACUCCUCAGUCCACGUGCGAGUGCCCUGUGCAGUCACCUGCUUCUCCACCUGUCCCUACGUCCAAACCUCCACCUGCACCACCAAAGACCUCAUCACUGCCACUGUCUCCAGGUGAUUUGCCACCUGUGCCACCAACCUCAGGCUCAGCUGGGCACUUAUCACCCAGCCCAGUACCUGGCCCGCCACUGCCUUUUGUACCACCUGAGCUGUCACCUGUGUCAUCUGGGCAGCAGAUACACCCAUCGGGACUGCCACUCAGCUCACCACCCUCCCAGGCACACACAUCACCCAGGCCACCCCUGGGGCCGUCAGCUGCGGGGACAUCACAACCAUCGCCUGGAGGCUCUCCUUUAGCGUGGCCUGCACAACCACCUGUGGAGGAACUGGGCCCAGAACAGCCCCAAGUGGUUGCUCCCCUCGCCUCUGCAAAUCCCCAAAGUGCGGUACCUCGCGUCCUCGUCCCCGGGAAGGAAACCACCAGCCGGCCUCACGGGACGGAGAGCGCGGCUGAGGAUGCAAACUGGGUGAACAAGGUAUUCAAGAAGAACAAACCAAAACCAAGCAGCACCCGAAAAGGCUUUCCAAGGCAACCGCGGGCCAAAAAACCAGGCAGCAAAGUGCAGUCUACACCCUGCUCCCUGGACUUCCCUCUGCUCUCCACGUCCGACAUAGUUUGGGUCACCUACAGGCCUCAUCCCAGCCGGAUCCAGGAACACAGCCGCCCUGAGGUGUGACAUCCCUCUGGGUGUCCCCCAAGGCCAGACCCUACCUGUCCUCUCCCAUGUUGCUCCACUGACCCCUGAUCCUGUCGAUCCAACUUCAUUUCUGCCCCCACCUUCCUCUUCCUGGUCAUGGUCAAGGACAACGUAGUCUAUACAGCACCUCGGAAACUUGACACCCCUUUCUGGAGAGCCUGACUGUCAGCCGAUGGACUGUUGCUAUAUUGAAUUUUGUUAAAACAAGAUCUUGACUGUCAACUGCUAGAAAACUGUACCAAUACCAAGGACAUUUCUAUGCCUAUGAAUUGCCUACCUCCUUGAUUCGGCACCAUACCCUUGCACAGUGUACCACCCGCACAACCGUAUUCAGCUAUCUGGAGGCCGUUCCACCCCCACCUCUUCCUGAAACACCAAGGACCACUCGAACUUUUAGACACUGAAUAAUGUUUCAGACACCCUUUCAUCACCUCCCAGGAGAGCCGCAAAGGACCCUUGAAUAACAAAGUGAAGCUUCCCAUAACAUAAAUCCACAUUUAUUUAGCAUAAAUAACUUAGCAUAGAUCCACAUUUCCAGUUUCCUUCCACGAGGUUGGCCACCACGGGGCCUGGCCACUAGUCAGGGCUGCCCCAGGGGAAUGAAUCAGGAAGCCAUGUCCUUGGUGGAACCCGGGCGAGGGAAGCCCUCCCUUGGUGGUGGAGGGGGGUGCCCAGAAGUAAUGGAUCCCCUCCUUUCCCUGGGAAGCCGUGAACCCCGAGAGGAAACGGGAGCUGGAGUGGGAGAGGAAUGCAAAACCCAGGGACCACCGCCCGGGCCAGGAGCCCAGGAGCCCAGGGAGGGAGGGUGCAGAUGUGAACUGAGAUGGGGGCUGUGGUGGGGGGCCAUUGCAGGGACCAGAUGCCCAAUGGAGAAGCCCGAGGAGAGCCCGGGUCCUGGGACUGUGUGUCCUCUGCCUCCUUGGCAGCUCCUGACAAGGGAGCAGCUGGGGGUCUGGGUGGCGGAGAAGAGGAGGGUCCCCCCUCCUGGCCCUCCUGGCCACCGGCCUUUCGUCCAGGCUGGCCUCUGUGUUCUCAGCAGUCCAGAGGCAGGUGACACCCAGGAAGCGGGGUUCUGUCUUCUGGGGGACACUGAUUCCUUGGUACCCAGAAGACCUGAACUUACUAAUGAUUACUGUCUUCGUUCUGUAUUCAGAGCCCAGAUGCUUUCAAUAUCAGUGAAAGGAUCAAUAAAUCCCCUUGCAGAUUUGCC